UCCAGGUGCGUGCCGAUCCUGUCCGUAGUUGCUUUACAAUAACACUCAGUGCGGACGGGGUCUGUGGGUCUGCUCCUCUUUUUAGACGUGUGUAUAAUACGUUGCAGCAGAGCAGGCAUAGAUUAGAAACCUUCCCACCCGGAUUUAUAUCCUGCAGAGAUCUUAUUCUCCGGAGGGAGGUGAGGUCUCAUCGUCUUAUGCACAACCUGCGUCUCUGAUUGGCUGGGACCGAGGGCACAAAGUCCGCUCCACAGGUAUGAAGCGCUCAGCGUUUGACUGGCAGCUGACCGGCAUACGCGGGCGAUUUGGGGAUUAGUCGGGGGAAGACGACAACAUUCCUUUCUUAAGGGUUAACCUGCUUUAGGCGUCCUUCCGGGGUGAGAUGCCUAAGAGCGCCACGUGGCCGGGCGGCGCCCUGGACCCAGCGGCCGGUAUGGACAGCGCCGGGAGCUGGGACAGUGUGGUCAGUGUCACCUCUGGAUGUAGCGACGACAGCAUGGACUUCCUGUCUGCCGAGGAGCGGGCCUGUCUCAUGUUCCUGGAGGAGACCAUCGACUCCCUGGACACCGAGGAGGACAGCGGACUGUCCAACGAUGAACCGGACCAGCCGCUCCCAGGGAACCUCCACACCAAGAUGGCCAAGCUGUCCGCCUCCAUGGACCACAGCAGGCUGAGCGGUGCUCGGCAACAAGACUUGAUACAUUUUAUGAACAUUCCGGAGGACCACAAACCCGUCCACAGCUUCCUGGUUCCCACUCCACUGCUGGUGGCCAGUAGCACGACCCACGCCCUGCCAGAUUCUAAAACACCAGAGUUUAAGAAGAGCUCUCCAGCAAGGUCCCAGAUCAAUGCUUUACUCAGCCACCCACCACCAUGGCACUCUCCUCCUCAUGCUCCCUCCGAGAUCAACGUUGUGGGGAUCCCUCCCCCCAUUAAACCAAAGAGCUUCUUGAGUCGGAUCGGGGAAACGCCGCCGCCUCGCGGACCCCUCUCCUACGACGCCCUCGUUUAUCUCCGGAGGAGCGCCUCGGCCAAGAAGUCUCCGCUACGUCUCCCGGUCGACCACACGCUAGGCGAGGCGCAGCCUUUCUCCACGGCAAACCAGAACCACAAGGACCUCGCCAGAGCUCCUUCCACUGCUUCAGCUCACAAGGUACUCGAUAGACCUCGCACCGGUCCGCCCGUCGUGGCCCCGAAGCCUUCCAAAGCCCCUCCGAGUGAGUUCCCGCCAGCCUCCAAUGGAACCCCAUCCCCCACAUCCCCGUCGGCCGACUCUAUCGCUGGCAAACGCUUCCCCGAUCCGCAGAAGGUCAGGAAGGAAGCCCUGCAGAAGCUUGGCCUGCUCAAAGAAGAGCGAGAACCAAAGACCGGUCCGACGACAUCACUGUCCCACACUCACUCCCAGCCUGCUCUGGACCCGGUAUCCAAGAGGGGGGUGAGGGCUCCGGUCUCCAGUAACCCGUCGGUUCCCCACUGUCAGGUCCCCAAGGAGACGCAGGGCCGGUCUGUUCAGAGCAGCGCCAGUUUCCACCACUGCCCACCGAGGCGUGGGCAAAACUUUCUCUCUGACAGCUCUGACACCAACGUCCCCCGCCCACAGCAGCCGAGAGCAGGCGCUGCGGAGAACCACGGACCUUCUCUGUCACGCUCCGUUUCUAUGGGUGUCCAGAGCAGCAGUGGAGAUGGACACGGACACUUCCAGCAUAAGGCGGUGCACAUGAAAGUGUCAGAGCCCAUAAGAAGAACCGCCCCCGCCAGAGCCCAACCCACACCCAGCAAGAGGUCAGCCGCGGUGGGCUUGGCCAUGCUCCCCGGCAUGGGGGCCGACCGGAAGGAAGCCCUGAGGAAGUUGGGGUUGCUGAAAGACUAGCAGGGAUGGUGCCGCGGGGUCUGUCUGAAAGCAUUUCUAUCCCCAUCACAGAGUAGAGUGUGUGGAGCCGGUUGAGAUUAACUGAGGACUCAGGCACUGAUUGGACUUUGGCACAUGUCACUCAAGCUAUAAACACAAGGAGAUGAUAAAGAAGAAGUCAAAUGUUGAUGAUGCUGCAAUUACUUUUAAUUGCAUGGACAAAUUGGCCUGUCCGAACCCUUUCUUUACAUGGUAUUUGGUCAAUUAGCGGGCACAUUUUUUAAAUGCAAUUAACAACCGGGCGUCGUCAUUCUCCUUCAGCAAAGAUAAGGAACGGGUAGUGAAAGUGAAGUGUAAGUACAGCGGUGACCAGGAGAGAUGCUAUUUAAGAAUUAGUUUUUUUCACUGGAUUUUCCUUUUGAACAAACAUUGUAUAUUAUUGCCUGAAAAGAGAUUUCUAAAAUAAUUACUUUGUUAUUUUUCACAAUGGCAAUUUUCUAUUUCGAUUUUCUUCAAAUCAGUUAUCUUAUUUAUUUUUCAUAUUUUCAUAGAUAUGUAUAUUAGCUAUUCACCUUCAUAUAAGAGAGACCAACAGCUCCUGCGAUAACAAACAGUAUUUUGUUUUGCCCUUUUAAACACUGCAUUGUGAUAAAUAAAGCAUCCACCAACCAA